UGUUGAUCCUGUCGCACCCACGCGUCUCUCCCCGUCCCGGUCCUGCGGUCACACAACAUCCUUUUCCUCCGCGAGGGCUCCCUCAAACCAACACAAGCAACGAGUUCCAAAGUCACCGUCGCCGAAAGCACGGUAGCAACAGCAUUAGCAACAACAGCACAACAAGAACAACAACAACAACAACAAGCCACCCCACCACCAUCAAUCAAGAUGGUGGCUACACGCUCUGCCUCGCGCGCCCUCACUCCCGGCCUCGACAUGGACGCUCCGGACCUCAGGGUCUCCCCUCGCAAGCAACGCGCCCCGAGGCCCGCCCCGCCAUCCGGCUGGUCCCACGCCCCGACCACUACGACCCUCGUCUGGCUGUUCAUCUCCCUGCCGCUCGUGAUCUGGGAUACCGGCUACGUCCUCGGCCGCCCCGCCACCAUGCCCGGAGGCUGGGCCCACGCUCCAUUCUGGACUCCCUACGCCUUGUACGGCGAGGUUGACCACAUGUACGGCCGCAAGCAGUUCGACCUGGGCAAUGGCUUCACCGCGGCCCAGGGCACCUUGAACGUCGUCGAGACCCUCAUGUACAUCGCCUACUUUGUCAUCUGGUAUCGCGCCGCCGGCAGUCUCGGCCUGAGGGACGCCAAGGAGAGGAGGAGGAUUGCUGGCGGUGCCGCUGGCCUGGCUGUCCUCGUCGGCUUCUCCGCUAGUGUCAUGACCGUCAGCAAGACCGUGCUCUACUGGCUGAACGAGUACUUCUCCGGUUUCGACAACAUUGGCCACAACAAGCCGUGGGAUCUUAUCUUCCUGUGGAUUAUUCCAAAUGGUGCCUGGCUCAUUGUGCCCUCCUACAUGAUUUACCAACUUGGUUCCGAACUCUUGGAUGCCGUCAAGAUCGCAUCGCGGGCUACGGGUUCGACGAAAUAUGAUUGAGCCGAGUAUAUCGGCCCGGGCAGGGCAUGCAUUGGAAUGUAAAAUAAUCCACGUGGCUUCAAGCCAUUAUGAGCUGGUGAUAUGGACGAGUACACGCUUCAACACAUGUUGAGCCCGACUGUAAGAGUGAUAUGAGGAGCUGAUCGCCCUGGCGACAUUUCGAGCUCUUCCCCUUUUGCUAUCUUUCCGGCUGGAUCCGUUCUGGCCAUCUAUAGAAGCGAGUUUCGAUUAAUGUCUAUUCAAGGCUGCAUUCGAUCAA